AUGACUUCCCCCGAUUAUAGCAGCCAUUUCUCCAUUGCCAAUAUCCCAUUCGGAGUGGCAUCCUCUAAAAAUCAUUCCGAUCCGCAAUGCGUCACCCGGCUUGAGAAUCAAGUCAUUUUCCUAGCCGACUUACAACAGUCUGGCCUGUUCGCUGGAGUCAACAGCCUACCUCGUGGAGUGUUCAAUAAGGAAACCCUCAAUGAAUAUGCCGCACUUCCUAAAUCAACCCAUCAAGAGCUGCGGAAAGUGCUUCAAGAAGUAUUGAGAACGCCCGGGCAGUUGCCGGAAAACAGCACUGAGGAUAUUGGCACUGUAACACUCCAUCUCCCCGUUUCUGUCGGUGGAUUCACAGAUUUCUCGUGUAGUCUUCAUCACGUCCGCAAUGCAGGUCGAGCGAUUCUUAACGACGAAUCCCCUCCACCGGGAUUUUUCAACUUCCCUAUCGGAUAUAACGGUCGUGCCAGUACGAUUGUUGUCUCGGGAACCCCGAUCGUCCGACCCAACGGCCAUUUCUUUGAUAAGACGGCAACUUCUGAAAAGAAGCCUAUCAUCUACGGCCCGUCAAGGGCGAUGGAUUGGGAAUUGGAAGUGGGUGUUAUUGUCGGACAGGGCGUUCCACGCUUGCAAGGAUUGAACGCGAAAGACGCAGAUGAAAACAUCUUCGGAUUUGUCAUUCUGAACGACUGGAGUGCUCGAGAUAUCCAAGGCUGUGAGAUGGUCCCUCUCGGCCCACUGAAUGGCAAGGCAUUUGGAACAAGCAUUUCGCCUUGGGUGAUCACGCUGGACGCCCUUUCCCCCUUCAAAACAGUAGGACCCAAGGCUGAAGUUGCAUUGGCAAGCCACCUGGAAGAUGUGGCCGAGCCCAGUUAUGCGAUUGAUAUGAAGGUGGAACUCAUCGUCAGAGAUCAAAUGACGACUGUCAGCGAAUCGAAAGUACAGGACCUGCACUGGAGUGGACGACAGAUGUGCGCCCAUCUCGCAAGUAUUGGGGCCGAUCUCCAGACGGGAGAUAUCCUGGGGACUGGUACAGUCAGCGGUCCAAAUGAAGGGAGCUUGGGUUGUCUACUGGAAAUCACCAAGGCUGGCAAGGAGCCGCUGACAUUGAUUGAUGGUUCCAAGAGACAUUUCUUGCAGGAUUGGGAUCUCGUGCGUAUGACAGCGGUAGCUGGCGGUCCGGCUUCCGGGGUUGGAUUCGGAGAAUGUGUGGGUCAGUUGCAACCAGCAAAGGAGCUGUAA